CGGAGCGGCCGAGCCGGGGGCGUUUCGGCGGCGCCGGCGGUGCCGGGGCGCCCGGCAGGAGCCUGUCAGCGUGCGGUGGCAGAGCCCGCCCGCGGCCUGCGGCCCCGCAGCGCCCGGCGGGGAGCCGACCCUGCCCGGCCCGCGCCCGGCCUCGGCCGCGCUCCCAGGCCGCGGCUCGGCCCGGCCCGGGAGGGAGCGCGGCUGGGCCGGCAGCGCUGUCAGGCGCGGGAGCUGCCCGCGGGCCGGCCGGUGUGCGAGCCGGUCCCUCAGCCCUGACCUCAUGCGGGCGGUGACGGCUUUGUGCCGUGUCAGUCGGGGCGCGUUGACGUUUCGCUUUUGUUCGAGUCCUCGGUGACUCUUAAACCAGUCGGAAAAGGCUCUUCACUCGUUCCUUCCGUGCGAUUUCUGCGUUUCUCUAAAUUUCAGCUACUUUAAAACCAUCUCAGUAAGAUCAGCGCCCUGAUUCCUUCCCGCUGCUUUGAGGAAUGGAAGGACAGAGCUCUUCUGUGGCUCUGCAUCCUGGCAGCAGGUUGGAGCUUCAUGAGCUUUGUCUCUCCAUAACCCCUCAGCCUCCUCGUAGACACAUUUUUGGUCAUUCCCCUCACUGGAAACUGUAGGGAAACCUUUCUCAGAGAUUUUAUUGUAGUAAAACCUCUCUUAGAAGAAAGACCGUGCCUCUUGUUGGUUUUGCAAUUAUUGUGCAUUGUUCUGGCUGGAUCUUUAGCUAAGGCACCUUUCAGUAUUUCCUAUAUGUGAAAACAACCACAAAGAACAAAUCUGGCAUUUUCCAUAAAGGCUACCAAGUGUAAUGACCACAACAUUUGGAUUUGGCAGCUCUUUAUAGCAAACCCAGCUUUUCUACAUAUCUUGUGGAGUGAGAAACAAAGGUUUCAGGGCAUGUGUCCAGAAUGGCCAGGUCUGCAGCCUGGGGGCCGUGCACAGUACCCUCAGCACACCUCUGAGGUGUUUGCCAGGGAUUCUAAGUAUCCACUGAGCCCUAUGGCUUCCUCAGAAACUUACCCGGCUCCAGGAGGAAAUGUUUUUACAGUAACAGUGUCCGGACUCUCCUAGGACAGGAGAUAAGAGGAUGGGGGGAUGCCUGACCUUCAGUUGAAAAAUGACAUUUCUUCGUAUUUUGAGCCUAAGGAAGGGUCUUCUGUUAGGCACUGGAUUUGGGCUGAAAAUCUCCCAUCAGUGCUCUUCAGCCAUUCUCUCUGGAAGGCCUGUCCUUCUGUAGGACUUGGAGGAAGGGAUUGUUUACAACAGGCUUCCAGGUGAUGGAGUAAUUUUACAUCUUUCUAGUAAAAAAGUAGAUGCUUCUCUAACAUAAGAAACUACUGUGAGUAGAGAAUCCAAAGAAUUCCAGGUCCUUGUGCAUCUGGAAGUGUUGGUGUUUCCAUUUUUUUUCAGUGGCUUAAAUAUUUGAAAAUACAGGUUGUGGAGGUAAAUUCUGCUGAACAGCUGUAAUGCCAUUCUUUGUGCUGCCUGAGCAUGACAACGGUUCCUGCCUUUGUGGGAGAUGUUGAAUGUUUCUACAUGACAACUAAACCUUAAAUUGGCAGUAUAUUUUGAUUUUCUAGUACGAUAGCAAUUGCCUUCGGAUGGAACCUGGAGUUACAGCCCAAUUACAGAGCCUCACUAAAUUUAAUAGAUUUGCAGUGCCAAAAGCUUUGCUGCUGAAGGGAUUGAAGAGUUAAUGUGGCUGUAACAGUUUGCAUUGAGAAUGGUGAAAUUUUAUAGGUCGCUGGAGAACCUCUGAAGGGCAGAAGGCGUGAUGAGAGUGUCUUUCAAAAUCCUGUGGUCUCUGUUGAGAAAUGCAAAGCUGUGGUGCAGGGAUGGUGUGAGGGAACAGGAGGCCUGCGGGUGUGUAGGGCACUGAGCAGCAGGACUUGACCCUUGGUGCUGCAAAAACUGCCUUCAAGCAUAAACCUUCUCCUUAAUGCACAGCUGGAGCAGAAGCAAUGAGAAAGAAUGUGUAGGGCUGGGAACAGGUGUGCGCCAGCAGUGGAAGGAGAAAUAACCCCAGACGACACCAAGGUGAGGCAGAAGGGAAGAUGCUUUAUCAGGCGAAGUGUUUUCCAUCUCCAGGCAAGUCUCCAUUUCCACCAGCCAGACAAGCAAGUCACCUUUGCUUUACCGGAGCCAUGGAUAUUUUGUGUUUUGUCUUGUCACUGUUGCAGACUCUGCUGUCUGCUCCAGAGCAGAUCACUGAUGUUCUUCAGCAGGAACCACCCAUUAAUUGCAGAUAACUGAGUGUUUCAGCCAUGGAGUCAGCGUGUUCCUGCACGGAGAGCUGGAGGUUUAGCUCGAGAGGAUGAAGAUAACUUAGAUUGUCUUGUGCCCUGGCUAAUUAGAGUGAUGCUGCUAGAGUUUAAAGCUAAUCUAAGCUUUGGAUUAUGCAGGCUGGUAGUGGAAGUUUUCCAGAGGUCCAGGAGCUGGGGAUUUUUCUCAGUAAAUUGAGAAAUCAUUUUCCAUCCAGUGGAACAGCAUCGCACCUGCACGCUGAAUGGCACAUCAAAAAUUGCUGCUGUAGUAAUCAAAAAUAGGAAUAAGUACUGAAUUGGUCAUGUAUAUGUGAGAGCCCUGAGGCUGUAACUCAGUAAAUAACUCUUCUUUUUGCAUUUGGGGAAAAAGAAAGGCAACCAGUGUGUGACAGUGCUGUUUUUUGGGAGCUGGGGUGAGGGAUGGAGACACAUGUGGGAGUCCACAGCUCUUGAGGGCCAUCAUCUUCUUGGACCCGAGACCAGUUGCCUGCUUCUUCAGCUGGCAUGAGUGCCCUGAAGCAUAGCCCUGCACAGGGCUUUGGAUUUGAUUGGUAUGAAAAAUAGAAAAUUACAUGAGAUGAAUGGUACCUUGUCUAAAUUAAUUUAUGUAAACCAAUAGUUUGGGACAGGAAGUUGCUUAUGCUCAGUUGAAUAUAAUGGGACCUGAUGCUUUAGAUCUGGUGGGUGAAAGGGAUCUAGUUAUUCCACCAAAAGAUGCAUGCUAUUGAAUUCCCCAAGUCCUAUGCCAAAUCACUUGAAUUUUAUAAUUUUUAUUGUUUUGAAAAUCAAACUACUUGCCAGGACCAUGCAGCUGGUGUAAGAUUGUGUUUUUCAUUGUGGUUUCUGUGUGGUGCUCACAGAGACUGAGUUGAGCCUCUGGUGUGCAUUUACAGAAUCUCAGAAUGGUUUAGGUUGGGGGAGACCUUAAAGACUGCUGCAUUCCUACCCCUUGCCAUGCAUGGCAAAAUGUUUCUUUGAAGGGUUUUUUGGGAGUGCUCUUCUCAUCCUUACAAGAAUGCAUUGCUCUCCAAUUCUGUUGCAUCCACGUUUUACCAGAAGGUCCUAGCUGCUUGUGUAGUUCUUAAUGGCAGUAGUGACAAUAAAUAACACUUGAAAUUAGAUUUUUCUAAAAGCCCAGAGCAGCACAAAAUAAGCUGCAAGUUUUUAUACAGUCAGGAAACUCUCAGAAUAAUUUUGAUUUUAACCAAAGGUGUACCUACUUCUGUUAUAUGAAGAUUAAUUUUUUGGUCAGGGAAAAGAGUCUCCUUGAUACUGAGUGUCUCCUAUCAAAUAAUUACUUUUAAGCUGUUUGUUUUAGCUUCAAUUCUUUUUUUCAUCCUUUACAUAAUUUCAGAAUUUUAAAAGCUUCCCUGAGAUUUCCUGGAUAUUUGUUAGAUGAAAGAAGGAAUAAUGUUGCAGAAGGUGCAGUUUUCAGUCAAACCUUAGUUCAGUGCUGAUGAUCACAUAGAUUUCUGGGCUGGUUAUAUUAUUGUUCAGGAAGCCCUGUGAGAAUUUGGUGAUAAAGGAGCACCUGUGGAAUGUGUCAGCCCAGAAAGGUCUGGUAGUGGUUAAAUUCUGGUUUAAAUAAAAAGCUUGUUGUAACACAGAGCACAGAUUGCUACUUAAAAAGGCAUUUUUCAUAACUUUUGAAGACAAGAUCAAAUAUAGUCAAGAUGCUUCUGAUUUUAAAUAGCAUCUCAUUUUGUUUGCUAAUUACGUUGGUGGAUCCUUGUGGAAAGUUAUGUACUGCAAAGCUCUGUCAGUAUUCACAGUGUGCUUCUUCCAAAUGAAAAUACCCUUACCAUGGGAAAUUAGUAACUCAGCUAAUGGGAAUUGAUUGACCAAAUAUUGUGCUGGCUGGACUGCAGCUCCCAAGAAAAUUGCUAAUUCCCAUUUCCCUUGUGCCUGACAGCUGCCUUGGUUUGUAUCUCAGCUGCUGAAAGGGGUAAUUUCUACAUGGCUAAGUUAGCUGCUUAUUCUGAAGUUAUCAUUCUGCUUUUUAGAGCAGUCCUGAGCACCUCAGCAGUCAAAUUCUGUUGGAAUAAAACCCAGUGGCUCAGCUGAGGCGUGUCCAUUGCAGCUUGGCAUGAGCUGUGGGCUUUCAGCAAACUUCUUGAACCUUUAACAAACUGAUGUUUCAUUAAACCUGCUGUCAGACUACAUCAGGAUAGCACUGGAAAGAGUUAAGUGUGCUAUAACAAGCUGUAAUUUUCUCUUUGUCAGAAACAUUUGGGUUUCAGUGUUUUAGCUUGAGGGCUAUGGGAGUGCAGCAGACCAGUGUGAGAAGCAGUGACCGGUUCUGUGUCAGCAUGAGUGAACGAAGCCUGCCUUGCUGGAGACAUGCUUGGUUUGUUUUCUUUGUGUUUGGGAAAGCAUAAACUCUAAACAAAACACUUCUGUAGCUGGAACACUUCACAAGGCUCUUUCUGUGAUUCCUUGGGGUCUGCUAAGAUGUGUGCUCAGUCUCAGGUUUGCCAGGUAACUUACUGUAGUGAAAGUUGGAGUUAAUGAACCAAUGUUGAUUACUUAUUUUCCUUAGCCAAAUUUGGUCUCAUCCCAUGUGCACAAUGGCAAUGGAGACAGCAGCAGUUAUUUUCUUCUUCUUCUUCCCAUAGCCCAUGCUGACCAUCCUGUUUCACACCGGAUCUUGCUAGGGCAGCCUGUCUUUCCCAGUUUUUCUUUGGAGCAGUUGGGUGUCGUGGUGAGGAACACUCAGCAGGGAGAACUGAAGGAACAAAACCCCUUUGGUGCUUUGCACCAAGGAGUUCAGAAGAUCUUUUUCUUCUCUCUACUUCCCCAUGCUUUAGCCAAAAUCACCCUCACCCUGCUGGGCUAAGGCACAGGCCUUCAGCAUGGGGACCGGCUGCUGCACCUUGGAGACUUCCUUAAAAACAGCUUUUCCAUGGCCCAGCCUUUCCUGUGAAGUCUUGGCCUGGCUUUGGAGGUAACCAGCCAGUUUGUUACAGGACUCAGCUUUAGACUGUGGAACAUCCUUUUAUGAAAAGGGUGAAAAAGUAGAACUAGUGCAAUAUCUGCUGUAGAAUGUGAAAACCUUUUUUCGUUUUGGCUUUUACAAAAAUUACUAAAAUUUUCUAUUUCAAAUUUUGAUUUUGCUCCUCAGCUUGGUGUCUGGUCAUGGUAUUUAGGCAGGUGCAUAUGGUUGGAAACAGGUCACUGCUUGUGGUUUAUCCAUCAGGCAUUCGACUUGGUGCUACGCUUCUUGAGUUGCAAUUACUUAGAAAUACAAGAAGAUACAAGAGGUUGAAAAGUGCUAGAUGACCAUUAAAAUUGCUGCAAAGCCUCUAUGAUGUGAUUGAAUGUAAAACCUCUUUCCUUCUCUCUGAGUUGCUGGAUAGGUGCAAAGUGCACAGGCUACAGCACAAUAAGGCUUUGAAACCAAUUUUACUUUGUUGUCUAGAUAGACGACAACAAAUCUCUGCUUUUUCUUUCUGAGUGUUCUUCUAUUUUCUGCUUCCCCUGUUUGUUUUUGGGCAGUCCCCUUCCCGACUGAUGAGCAGGCAAGCACAUAAGCAGAAAAUCUCCUUGAGAACCACCCCUGGGCUGUGCCUAUAAACCCCGUUGAUUUGAGGGGCGGUGUUUUGUUGUCCCGAAGCCAUUUAGCUUUACUGCUGUGUUUUUAUGGUCCCAGGAGCUGGAGUGCAGCUUGGUGAGCCCAGGAGCAAGGCCUAGGAAUGGAUUCACCUCUCCACAUUGGCCGCCUGCAGCAACAAUGUCUGGCUGAGGUGGUCCUGUGGGCUUGGAAUGUGCUUCUGGAAUGGGCUUAACUUGGGCUGGUUUAGGCACCUGCUCACGGAGCAGAGAGACACCCUGGCUGUGCUGGUUUCUCUGUUCUGAACAUUAGUUUAAUCAAGAUAAGUUCGUCCUAAGACUCAAAUAAAUACAUUAUUCUAGAUAAAACUUGCCCAGCUUAGAAGAAUAGAAUGUCAUUUCCAGCUAAAGGGAGUAUUCAACUUUCUGCCUGUAGUGAAAGGUUGAUUUUUCAAGCUCCUCAGGCUUUGCUGUUCAAAUCUGAAUUUAGUAAUAUGUGCUUUUUGCAUUGCUGAGGAGAGCGUUUGACUUGGUGCAAAACUGCAUAUUAAAAAUGGAGCUAUUCACCAGUAUGUUCAGUAUUUCUGUUAUUUCACAUCACUGAUGAAAUGUGAUGGUUUUCUUUCAGGAUUCCAUAUUUGGGAGUUUCUGUUUAACCAUGUUUGCCAGUCUGGAAUUACCUGAAGUCCUGUUGCACACCCCACAAUACUGAAGUUGUGAAAUUUGUUUUGGUGGUUUGAAUCUUUCAGCAGUAUUUGCAAAGUGCUGAGUGUUACAGCAGAUGUCUCACCUGGAAAGGACAGUGCCAUUGCCCUCAUGAUGGAGUGGGAAAAUGUGUAUGCUAACAUAGGUGGUGUCCACUGAAAGAUCAACUGGAAUACUUCUCAAGUCACAUGCAGCACAAUUCUGCCAGGAACCCCCUUCUGUUUGUCCUAGUGGAGGAACAGCUUGGGCACUGCCAUGGCCACCAUUUUCAGCCUCAUACAGUUGGUCUCACAGAGCCCAAUACUGGGUCACCAGCAUCACCUUGACGUCUGACAGGCUCCCAUUGUUGGAAACAAUGGUUUUGGAUGAUCUACCUAACUUAAAAGAUACAUAUGCCUCCUUGUACUCCUCAGCUAUGGAAGACUUAGAGGUGGAUUUUGAUUCAGGACUGGAGGAAGAUGAACUGAAACAGGAGGCUGCUCCUGGGGAUUCCACAAUCUUUGUGGCUUUUAAAGGAAAUAUAAGUGACAGAGAUUUUGAGCAGAAGCUGGAUACCAUACUGGAGAAUGUGCCUGGCCUUUUACACAUGGAUUCCAACAAGUUAAAAGUGCAGAAGAUAGAGCCUUGGAACAGUGUUCGUGUCACCUUCAACAUCCCCCGGGAAGCUGCCGAGCGGCUGCGAAUCCUGGCUCAGAACAACAACCAGCAGCUCCGAGACCUGGGCAUUCUCUCAGUCCAGAUUGAAGGGGAAGGUGCUAUCAACUUGGCUUUAGCCCAGAGCAGGAGCCAGGAUGUGCGGAUCAACGGGCCCCUGGGAGCGAGCACCGCCAUGCGUAUGGACACAGGAUUCCCCAUGCAGGGUGCGCAAGGUUUAAUAAGAAUGAGCAAUGCUGCAGCUGUCAUGAUGUCCCAGGGUGGAAGUGUGCCCUCCUCUAUGGUGGCAAGUGGUGCUAGUGCUGAGCUGCAGGCACGAACACCUCGGCCUUCCUCACAGCCAGAUGCAAUGGACCCACUCUUAUCUGGGCUAAAUAUGCAGCAACAAAAUCAUCCAUCUGGAUCUUUAGCUCCUCAGCUCCAUUCAAUGCAGUCAGUUCCUGUAAACAGGCAGAUGAACUCAGCCAACUUUCAGCAGCUACAGCAGCAGCAGCAGUUGCAAAAUCGGCCUCCCCAGCCACAUCAGCAGCCACCGCAGGGUAUUCGACCUUCCUUCACUUCACCAGCACAGGUUCCAGUUCCCCCUGGCUGGAACCAGCUUCCUUCUGGAGCACUUCAGCCUCCCCCAACCCAGGGAGCACUGGGUACGUUGACAGUAAACCAGGGCUGGAAAAAGACCCCAUUGUCUGGACAAAUGCAGCAGCAGCUUCAAGCAAGACCAUCUCUAGCAACAGUACAAACUCCUACUCAUCCUCCACCUCCAUAUCCUUUUGGAAGCCAGCAAGCUUCUCAGGCGCACUCAAACUUUCCCCAGAUGAGCAAUCCUGGCCAGUUUACUGCUCCUCAAAUGAAAAGCCUUCAGGGAGGGCCCUCACGGGUUCCUACACCGCUACAACAACCCCACCUGACCAAUAAGUCUCCCGCUUCUUCUCCCUCCUCCUUCCAGCAGGGUUCUCCUGCCUCAUCUCCCACCGUUAACCAGACGCAGCAGCAGCUGGGACCAAGGCCUCCCCAGAGCAGCACUCUUCCCCAGGGAUUCCAGCAGCCUGUCAGUUCUCCUAGUCGUAAUCCUAUGGUGCAACAGGGGAAUGUACCCCCCAACUUCAUGGUGAUGCAGCAGCAAAACCAAGGUCCACAAGGUUUACACCCUGGUUUAGGAGGAAUGCCCAAGCGGCUCCCCCCGGGGUUCCCUGCAGGCCAGGCUAACCAGAACUUCCUGCAAGGCCAGGUCCCCUCCACAGCUCCAGGAACGCCAGGGAACAGCGGAGCACCACAGCUGCCAGCCAGCCAGAACGUGCAGCACACAGGUGGCCAAGGAUCUGGACCUCCUCAAACUCAGAUGCAAGCAGCACAUGGCCCACCAAAUAUGAUGCAGACCAAUCUAAUGGGACUUCAUGGAAGUAUGACCAACCAGCAGGCUGGUGCUAGUGGGGUACCACAAGUUAACAUGGGCAAUAUGCAGGGACAGCCUCAGCAAGGACCACAGUCCCAGCUUAUGGGGAUGCAUCAGCAAAUCGUGUCCUCUCAAGGACAGAUGGUGAACAUUCAGGCUCAGGGAUCGCUGAACCCUCAAAACCAGAUGAUACUUUCUCGAACUCAGCUCAUGCCGCAAGGCCAAAUGAUGGUGACGCCCCAAAACCAAAAUCUUGGUCCCUCUCCCCAGAGGAUGACCCCACCCAAACAGAUGAUUCCCCAGCAGGGACAGCAGAUUAUGUCCACACACAAUCAGAUGAUGGGACCUCAGGGCCAGGUCUUGCUACAGCAAAACUCAAUGAUGGAGCAGAUGAUGACCACUCAGAUGCAAGGAAAUAAACAGCCUUUUAGUACUCAAAACCAGUCCAAUGUUAUGACGGGGCCAGCUCAACUGAUGAGAGGACCAACCCCAAACAUGCAAGGAAACAUGGUGCAGUUCACUGGGCAGAUGAUGGCACAGCAGGGCCCUGUGAAUGGGAAUCCUUCUCAGGUGAUGGGAAUUCAAGGGCAAGUUUUAAGACCCACUGGACCUGGUCCUCACAUCUCUCAGCAACUUGGGGAUACUGCGACCACAACAAACAAUGAUGGGAACUUGACACAGAUGUUACCUGAGGUUCCUGUGCAGCAGCCAAACAUGGUGCCUUCUCAUAUGCAAGGAAUGCAAGGAAACAGCAGUGCUUCAGGGAGUCAUUUCUCUGGCCAUGGGCUGCCUUUCAAUACAGGGUUUAGUGGAACUCCCAAUGGGAAUCAGGUUUCCUGUGGGCAGAACCCCGUGUUUCCUGUCAAUAAAGAUGUGACACUCACGAGUCCACUCUUGGUUAACCUGCUCCAGAGCGAUAUCUCAGCAGGGCACUUUGGUGUGAACAACAAACAGAAUAACCAGAAUGCCAACAAGCCAAAGAAGAAGAAGCCUCCAAGGAAGAAGAAAAAUAAUCAACAGCUAGAACAAACAACUUCUUCAGAGUCACGUCCAGCUGGCCUGGAGGAGAGUGAUCAGUCAUCGAUGUCUGGAGACCAAGGAAUGAAUUUAGAGAAGUCAGGCCCUAAACUCUCUGAUUUUGCAAGUAGGCCACCAGGUUAUCCAUCUCAGCCAGUGGAGCAAAGGCCACUUCAGCAGAUGCCACCUCAGCUCAUGCCACACACGCAGCAGCCCCAGCCCCAGCAGCAGCAGCAGCAGCAGCAGCCCCAGGCAGCCCCGCAGCAAGGCCAGGCAGCCCCCCAGACACCACAGCAGCAGCAGAUGAUGAUGAUGCUGAUGAUGCAGCAGGAUCCCAAAUCAGUUAGGCUGCCUGUGCCCCAGGGGGUCCACCCUCCCAGGGGGCCGCUGAACCCAGAUGCCCAGCGGAUGCCAAUGCAGCAGAGCGGGAACAUGCCAGUGAUGGUGAACCUCCAGGGGCCUGGGCCUGUGCCUCCCUCUCCUGACAAACAGAGGAUGGCCCUGCCAGGCAACCCUCCUCUGGGAAAUAAUGCAAGAAAAAUGGUUUAUCCAGAUAACGUACAGAAUCCUUCCAGCUCACCCCUCAGAGAGGUGUCAUCAGUAUCCUCUCUUCCAGAAGGAGGUGGAGCUGAGGGCCCUCCAACAUCAGGAGCUCAGAAUAAUGUGACAUCUCAUUUAGUAGUUUCACAGAACCAGUUAAUGAUGACAGGACCCAAGCCUGGACCAUCCCCACUUUCAGCUGCCCAAGGUGCAAGUCCCCAGCAGCAGUCUAGUUCUCUGUCUAGUGCUCUUACACACCAUUUUCCAAAUGUUGCUGCCCCAUCACAAACGUCAAGGCCUAAAACCCCAAACAGAGCUAGCCCAAGGCCAUAUUACCCUCAGACUCCUAAUAACCGUCCACCCAGCACAGAACCCUCAGAAAUUAGCCUGUCUCCAGAGAGGCUUAAUGCCUCUAUUGCUGGUCUGUUCCCUCCCCAGAUCAAUAUUCCUUUACCUCCCAGGCCUAAUCUCAAUAGAGGGUUUGAUCAGCAGGGUCUGAAUCCCACCACUUUAAAGGCCAUUGGACAAGCCCCAUCAAAUCUCACAAUUAACAAUCAGUCCAGUUUUACUGCCUCACAGUCACACAAGUUGGAAGGUGUGGUCAUUAAUUCGGGCAAACAAACCAAUGCUGGAGGAACAAAGAGAGCAAGCCCAAGCAAUAGUCGAAGGUCCAGUCCUGGAUCCAGUAGGAAAACUACACCAAGCCCUGGCAGACAGAAUUCAAAAGCAGCUAAAUUAUCAUUGACAACUCAGCAGAAUCCAUCUCUCUUGCAGAACAUGGAAUUACAGAGAAAUAUGAUGGCUAGUCCCUCUUCUUUGCCAACACCUGUGACCACAAGUUUUCAAAAUAACUCCAUGCUAAGUAACCAGAAUCCCACAGUUUCUGUACCUGCUGUAACUGGCAUUCCUGAAGACAAUAAGGAGAGCCUUAGUGUGCCUCAAGAUACUGAGAGUCAAAGUGCACAAGGUGCCCUAGGUAGCAAGGACCAGCCCAGUAUGGAAUUGAAAGGUGCCCCUACUCCAGAAAUUAAAGUGCUGGUUCCUGAGGAGCAGGCAAAAAAAGAUGGGCAAGCCUUAGACAGCAGUAAGCUCCCAGUCAUGGAGGAAAGUAAAGCCAUGGUAUCUCCAGCCAUGAGGGAGGCACCAACUUCUCUAAGUCAACUUCUUGACAAUUCUGGAGCUCCUAAUGUGACCAUUAAGCCCCCUGGGCUGACUGGUCUUGAAAUGGCACCAAUAGUCCCCACUGGUGAGGAGCUAAAGAAGAUAGCUGUCAUUCCUCCACUGCCAGAUUCAUCCUUGAGCAAGGAGCCAUCUAAUUCACUUAGCCUGCCUCAAAAUAAUGAACCCUGUCCAAAUCCAGGGCACCAGGAACUGGGAGAAGUAAAUGCAAGUGUGGCACAGAGUGUUCCUCCAGUAAUGCAGAGGCCUGUUAGCUCUUCUAUUUCAGGUCCUUUACCUCCCAAUCAGAUAACAGUUUUUGUGACUUCCAACCCUAUUGCGUCUGCUGCUAAUACAUCAGCUCCGUUGCCAUCCCAUUUGCAAUCUGCGUUAGUGUCCACUGUUGUCACCAUGCCCAAUGUGGGGAGCAAAGUGAUGGUUUCAGAGGGACAGUCGGCGGCCCAGUCCAAUGCCCGGCCGCAGUUCAUCACACCUGUGUUUAUAAACUCAUCCUCAAUCAUCCAAGUGAUGAAGGGCUCUCAGUCCAGCACGAUUCCAGCAGCCCCCAUGACUUCUAACUCGAGUGUGAUGCCUCAGUCGGUCGCGGUUGUUGGUCCUUUGCAUAUCCCACAGAAUAUUAAGUUUUCUUCCGGGCCCACUCCUCCCAGCACCUCAUCCACCAGUCCUGUGUCCAGUAUUCCCACCAGCAGGUCACUCGUUCUGAAUCCCCUGGCAUCUCCUGUCCAACUGCCUUCUUCCACUCCCGCUCCUUCCAGUGUUCCUUCACAGCUUCCUGCUCAGCAAGCCAAGGACUUCAGCCCGGAGGAGACUUCCCAAGGGGCAGGGUCGGGUGAGCAGUGCCCUGUGCCAGCAGCUCAGUCGGGAACUGUUGUUUCCUCUCUGCUUACAAGCAGCCCAGGCUCUGGGAAUAGACGCAGUCCUGUUUCAUCCAGCAAGGGAAAGGGAAAGGUAGACAAGAUAGGCCAGCUCCUGCUGACUAAAGCGUGCAAGAAGGUCACUGGCUCCUUGGAGAAAGGGGAAGAGCAGUACGCUUUGGAUGGAGAAACAGAAGGUCAGGCACUAGAAACGUCGGUCCCAAAUAGUUUGGGGACAGAGCAACCCCCGGCAGAACUCGAUAACAAAAGCGGGACCCCUCCAGCACCCAGCAUAACAAAACAGAGCACUUCUGGGCCCAGCAGCUCGAGCCUCAGCCCCGCGGCGGCCGCUCCCUCCUGCGCGUCCCCGGGCGCGCCCCCCAGCACUCCCGGCCCCGGCGCGCUCCCGGCCGCAGCCCCUCCGGCCGGAGCCCCCCCGGCAGCCCCGGAGCCCGCGGGCUCCAGCGCCAACGGCGGCAACCCUGGCGGGGGCCCGGAGCCGAGCGGCAGCGCCGCGGCCGAGGAGAAGCCCGCAGCACCCCCGGAGAUGCUGCAGAGCGCAGCAUCCUCUCAACAUUUAACACAGAAAAAAAGUUCAGUUGCAACAUCAGAAAGUACUGUUCAAAGAACAGAACUUGAGACAAAUGCUGCAGUAGUUGCUGGUCAAAGUAAUGAGACAAAAGAGAAUUGUGAAAAGUCUAAAACUCCAAGUAGAAGAAAUUCAAGAACAGAGGAUUCUGCCGCUUCACAGGAAACCGUAGAGAACGGGCAGCGCAAGAGAUCCUCGCGACCUGCGUCUGCGUCUGGCACAGCUAAAGAAACGAGUGCCAGUGCAAUGCAGUCAAAAAGAAGAAAAUCCAAGUAAAUUACUGCAUGGAAACAUGAGACUUGUAAAUGAGUGUGAAUUUACCAAUAGCAAUUUUGAGCUGUGAUUUUUCUUUUUAAAAUAAAAUUCUGUACAGUAAGUAAUUUUAAUAUUAUACUGUUCCCAAUAAAUGAUUUUUUUUUCCUAAAAAAUAGAUAAAUAGAUAUAAAAACUGGGUUCUUCUAAAACCCCCUGGAUUUGCAAAAUGAAGUCAGGGUUAGCACAUUAGGGUAAUGUGUUUGUAUGAAAUGGAAGGGGAGGGGAAGACAAUUGUAAAUUUGUUUGUUUCCACUUUUCAUAAACAAUUUAGAAUACAGGGUUGUCAUUUUUAGGUAUUAAAAUAAUGUAAUGUGCUGUUGUUUAAGUACUGUAUGUGAAUAGCAGUCAGAGGGUUUAUAAACAAACCUCAUGUUGUUUGGAAAUGUAAAUAAUUUUAUUAUAUAGUAGAUCUGAUGUAUUUGUUGUAGAAAUGGACCAGUGAAAGAAAAAAUAAAUUUAAGGGUUUGUAUAAUGUGGAAUCCCUCAUGCUCUAAAUAAAUGUUAUUGUCCUAUA